UCUCGCCUCUGCUUCGGGCUGUGUAGCUGCUGGACUGACUGGCUGUGACUGGGAGGAGGUGGGGUCUAACUACGGUGGUCGUGGGCUUGCCGACGUUUACGUGCGAAACGUGCAGACUGCCUACUACUGUUUCUUUUGCCAAAAACGAGGCACAGAACGACGAGGAGUUGUGUUCAGUAAGAAGGAAAGUCGCCCAUCUUUGAGGAUUCCCUGCCUCCCUGCCAGCGAAACACGUUCACCACUAUCGUUUUCCGCCAGAGAGUCCCAGCGACCACAACCGCCACCUCAGUCAACGUAACCGGCGGGAGCUGUGUGCGAUGAGGUCGCCCGCCAGGAGGGGUUUGGUUACGCUGAGAUAGUGCGGUUUUUUUGUUGAUAUCGUUACGGCAGUCAUUGCCUGCAGUUUGGGUCGACUUGUCGCCUGUGAAGCCUCAAAGCACAGCGAGCGUGUGACGAUAUACCCGACAGGAGAACAUCGCUGAACAUCCAUGAGCUCUGAUUUCCCACACUACAGUUCCAGGAUGCCAAAUAUAGGGUUCCAGAACCUUCCCCUUAACAUCUACAUCGUGGUGUUUGGGACAGCCAUCUUUGUCUUCAUCCUCAGCCUCCUCUUCUGCUGUUACUUAAUAAGGUUACGGCAUCAGGCACACAAGGAGCUAUAUGCAUACAAACAAGUCAUUCAGAAGGAAAAAGUCAAAGAGCUAAAUUUGCAUGAGAUAUGUGCAGUGUGCUUGGAGGAGUUCAAACAGAAAGACGAGCUGGGGAUCUGUCCUUGCAAACAUGCCUUUCAUAGGAAGUGCCUCAUAAAGUGGUUGGAGGUGAGGAAAGUGUGCCCGCUGUGCAACAUGCCCGUUUUGCAGCUCGCCCAACAGGCCAGCAGCACGGAGCCCGCCACGCCAGUACAGCAGCCCCUGCCCGGCAUCGAGAACCUGGUGUAGCAGAGCGAAGCCCCUCGCAAAACAGUACACAACAACAGACACACAAAAACACACAUCAU